AUGGAAGAGAGACAGAAUCUACUUAAGAAGAACAAUAUUAUAAUAAGAAAUACAUUAAAGAAUACCAUACUUAUACUAUUGGAAAUAACAACAGCAAUAUACAGUGUAUGUGCUAGGAUAGGGUAUGCAGAUGUAGGUUUGGUACAGAAAAUGAUAAUAGAAAACAACAUAAUAUUACACCCAGAUGGAGGACUUUCACCAACUGUUCAGUAUAUGACUUCUGAAAGUGGGUUUAUGGAGAACUUUCGUAUGUACUGGCAUGCAAUAUAUGCAGAGAAUAAAAUGAAAAAUAGUGGAUCCACAGAGGAUUUUAAAAAUUUAAUGGUUUGGAAAGUGCAUAUCACAACACAUGAAGAUCCCAAAAAGAACAAAUACUUGGAAAGAUAUGCACAACAACUGAUAAAUAUGUUUCCAUCUGAGAAUCUGGCUUAUUCUAUUGAGUCAGUGGAAGAUGACUCAUUUACUCGAUUUCUGAGGAAGCAUAAAAAAAAGCCAGACAGUUUGAAUUUAUUAGCUUCUUUAUUUCUUCUUGCAGAAGGGAUAAAUAUUCCUAUUAAAAUAGAACGCAAUGAAAAAAACCGUGGGAAUAAAAGAAUUAUUUUACAGGAUUCCGAAGCAACCGGAAAUGGUUUUUAUGUCAAUUUGAGCUUAAUUAUAAAGGAUGGAAAAGAAUGGUAUAAAAAGUCAGUAUAUCAGAAGAAAACAAAAGAGAUAGUAAAUUUUUUCAAAAGCCUUGUUGAUCCAGAAAACACUCUAGAAGUAUCUAAGGAAUUCGCAAUGCCUACUACGUAUGAAGAGUUCUUAACAGGGAAUUUUCUGUGCAAUCCCAGAUUUCUCAUACAGUCAUACAUCUUUGAGUAUAUAGACAGUGCGAAGAUGUAUAAGGAUUUUGUAAGAGCGGUGUAUGUGAUGCUUAAUACCCGCAAGCCUACUAAUUAUGAAAUCCCAAUUUCAAAGCACGAUAGAAAAGUAAUGGAAUUACUUAAUCGGUUAUUUGCAAUAAAUAAUGUGCUAGAUGUGGAUGUGCACCUGGGAAUGAGAGAUAAGAGGCGUAAUUUUACAGAUUUCUGUAACUUUAAAGAAAUAAAAGAUGGGUUUAAAAAUAUACCCUUUAUGGAUGUUAUUUAUAAACCAAGUCACAUAGAUGGGCCUGAUUAUGUUAAUAAGGACUGUCAAUACACUUUAUCUUAUAAAGACGAAUGCUGUUUUAAAAAUUGUCAGAAGUGUAUUCUUCUUGCUCUGUUCUUAUGCUUUACCUUUGACCAAGAAACUAAAGAAUAUAAUAUAGAUCAUAUACCAAAUCCAUCUAAAGAGCUAAAAGAGUUCUUUUCUAAGUAUACCCACAAAGUAAGUAGCAUAGGCAGUACUAUGCGAUCUGAUUGGGAGAGAGUUAUAUAUGGACUUCCUAGACCAGAGCAUGGUUUUUCUAAAGAUGGUUCAACCGUUAGCACUGGGUUAUUACACAUGCUAUAUACGAUGUAUGACUUAGUAGGAAACGGGCAUAGAAUAAAAAGAACAAUUAGGUACAUAAAGAAUGAUUUUCAGAUGGAUUAUAAUAAAAAUAGAAGAGAAACAAAAAGAAAAAUGCGAAAAUGUUUAAAAAAAGUCUUUUCUUCUCUCUCCAGAAAUAAAGCCUUAGGAAUGAUAUGUAAUGAUCUUAUGCCUACAUCAAUAACUAGGCAUGGAGUACGUGCCACCGAUGCGUAUAUACAAAUUAGUAUUCUAUAUGAUUUUGAUUCAAGGUGGUAUGGAAUUAAAUUCACCGUAUCUACAUCUUACAACAAUCCGUUGGUAGAGAUUAUAGAAAAGGAAAAGGAAAAAUAG